CACAAACAAUCAUUCGUCGGCAAAUUUUUGCAUUUUUUUUCGAAACAUGAAAAAUAUACACAGAUCAAUAAACACACGCCAACGCUCAAUAAUAAGAUAGGUAUAAAUAAAAUCAAGUUCAUUUGCUCGAACUGUGUUUAUUAACGAGAUUCAACUUGUUGCAAGUGGUGAUUUUUAAAAGUUCUGUGCGCGAAUUCGUUCAAUCAUUUUUAAUUUUGUUUUCGAGAAAAAAAAUUGAUAAAAUUUUCACCAUUAGAUAUUCAAAUAGAAUUUCUUUCUUCUGGAUUCAAUUCAAAAUGAGAAGAUCAUUUUCACAUAGUUUUAUGUCUGCUCCUCCCUGGACAAUUUUAUUUUUUUCACUUCUAAGCUUACUUUCAUCGGUGUCAGCUCUGAAUGCCACUAAAAAGAUUUGCCAGACCAAAGAAUGUUUAUCUGCAGCCCAAAAUUUAAAAGAAUCGAUCAACUUCAAAGCAAAUCCUUGCGAUGAUUUCUACAAAUAUGCUUGUGGAAAUUGGCCAAAAGUUCAUAAAAAUUCGAAUUUAUAUAUCCCAGGAAGUACCAUACAACUGCGAGAUGAGGAAAACAUGGCAGAACUUUACGAUUUUCUCAAACAGAAUAACAGUAAAGAAGAACCAGAAGCUGUCCACAAAGCUAGACAAUUGUACUCAUUAUGUUUAAAUGAAGCUGCUUACAGUAAUAAACUAGAACCCAUCGAGAAAAUGCUAAAAAAAAUUGGCUUGCCAGUGCUAGCGAUUUUGUCUGGUGAAAUCAAAAACUACGAUUACACAACAGCAUUAGCCAGAGCAGCUAAAUUCGCCGGAAUCAAGACGUAUUUCGAUCUUACAACGGGCUCAAAUCCGUACAAUCAAACGGUAAACAUGAUUACAUUGGGGAAAAUAGCAGAAACGCCAGAAUAUGAUCCUACCAUUCUGCCUCUGACAAUCAAACGAAUCAAUUCGAAAUCGAGACAAAGCGGAUCGAAACGAGCUACAGGAAAAAUUACAGAAGAAGAAUUUAUGGCUGAAGUUAUGCGUAGAUUAUGCCAACAAAGUGCCCCAGCUUCUUGUGCAGAAUGGAAUUCAUAUACGAAUGCCAAGAGAAAUAAGAUUAUCGAAAACAUUUUGACACGAAGUAGUGAACUUACAGAGAUCACCUCAAAACCGGCCGCACUGAAUUCCUCACUUUUACCAGUCGUAUACUCCUUGAAACAACUACAAGACCUAACUGAUAGCAUUGCAACUGAAGUAAAAACACAAAUUCCCAAGUUGAACUGGACGAGGUACAUAGAAGAAACCUAUGCUGAUUUGGACAACAUAAAAUUGGAUCUCAGCGACCCUACCAAAGUUCAAAUCGCCAUUGGAAGUUUGGAUUCUAUCAAGGAAAUAAUACGAUUUAUUCACGAGACGAAGAGCGUUAAAAAAAUAGAGCUCGACCUUUGGUGGGAAGUUGUUUCCAACCUUUUACCCUACUCGGAUUUGAGAAUUUUCGACAUGAAAAAUAAAAUAGACAAUCUUGUAGAUUCUCCAACUAGAGAAGAACGUUGUGCGGAGAUAACUAGAAUUUCAUUCGGUAUGGCAAUUAGCUAUGGAUACGCCACGAAGGAAAAAUACAUCAAAGCCAAAACCAGGAUUCGAAAAAUGUACGAACAUAUUCGGGACAGUUACAAAAAAAUCAUUCAAGAAGUACCCUGGAUGGACGAAACAACCAGACAAAGAGCACUGAAAAAAUUACAGUCGUUGAAGUCUUACAUUGUAUAUCCAAGUGCGAUCAAAACAACAAACAAAUUGAAUGAUUUCUAUCAAGAUGUGAAGAUAUCAAAUAAUUUUUACGAUACGAUGAUUACGAAAAUUCAGAAUCAAGUGAAAAAAUAUUUAAGCAAAUUGAAUAAAAUAAAUGAUCUGAACGAAGACGACUGGAUUUUAACUCCCAAUAUUGUAAAUGCGUUUUAUCACCCUGAAAGGAAUACCAUAGUCAUUCCAGCUGGCAUACUUGGAUUAUCAAUAUAUAACCAUAGUUUACGAGCCCUGGAUUACGGAGGAAUAGGUUCAAUUGUAGGUCACGAAUUAACGCAUGCAUUUGACAACACAGGACGACGUUACAAUGAGAUAGGAAAUCUCGAAGAUUGGUGGCAACCUGAAACUGCAAAUGCAUACAGAGAAAAAGCUAAAUGUUUCGUUAACGCUUAUAGCAAUUACAGUAUAGAUUUCGGUGGCGUAACCCAAAUGGGUGACAGCAAAGUAACAUUAGGAGAGGAUAUCUCAGAUAGCGGUGGAUUCAAGGAAUCACUUCUCGCUUACAAAAACUGCGUAUCUGAAUUCGGAGAAGAGCAGAUUCUUCCACAGUUUGAAAACUUCACUCACGAACAACUCCUCACAAUAGCAUUUGCCAAUGUAUGGUGUGAAAAUCCAACCGUACUUUCUCCAAUUAUAGCACAAUUGGAUGAGCACAGCCCAGGUGGAGUUCGUGUAAAUGGAGUUCUUCAAAAUUCCAAAGAGUUCGCUGAGAUAUGGAAAUGUCCGAAAGGAAGCAAAAUGAACCCGAAUAAAGAAAAAUGUUCUAUUUGGUGAAUUUUCAAUUUAAUUCAACUCGAAUAAAACAGGUACAUUAUUCAACAAUACUGUAAAUCACCACCAAUCACAAUUUUAAAAUUAUUUUUUACAAUAUUUUGCAUCAUAAAAAUGAAAAUUGGAAAUAAAUAUACUGGAUGUUUCUUCGGAUAAAAA